AUGGCAGGCCCGGGCGAAUCGAAGGACAUAGUGCUGGUCACGGGGCCAGAUGGGAAGGAGCUGACGCCGGAGGAGGCGGAGAAGCAGCAGAAGGAGCUGAAGGAGUUCGAGGACAAGCUCAAGUUCAUCACGGACAAGGUGCCCACGAAAACGUACAUGGUGAUGGGGUCAGCGGCGGGGGCGGGCUCCGGGACGUUCCACAUCUACCGCAAGCUCAAGCGCGCCGAGGAGGAGAGGUGGGCGCGCGUCGAGCGGGAGGCGAAGGAGAAGGACGCGCUGGAGGAGUUCGAGCGGCGCAAGCGGGAGCGCGAGGAGGCGGACGAGGCCAGGCUGGCGAAGAACCGCGAGAAGCGGUUAAAGAAGCGGAAGAAGAAAGGCAAGGCCGGCGACGCGAAGCCCGCGGGCGCCGACGCGCCGGGGUCGCCCGCCAAGGCCGCGAGCGACGACGACGGAGCGGACGCCCCCCCUGUCGACGACCUCGACUGA